AUGGCGACACGUGGGGCGGUGGCACUGACCAGGUUCCUGCCAUCCCCCCGCAACGGACUGGAGGAGAAUUACUGCCGAAACCCCGACCGGGACAAGCGAGGCCCGUGGUGUUACACCGUCAACCCCAACAUCCGGCACCAGAGCUGCGGCAUCAAGAAGUGCGAGGACGCCGUAUGCAUGACCUGCAACGGGGAGGACUACCCCAUCCGCAUCGCCUUCUGCUUCCACAUCCGCCGCUGCCCCGACGAGUUGGACGCCCAAGAGUGCUACCACGGCCAUGGAGAGCACUACCGCGGCCACGUCAGCAAGACACGCAAGGGUAUCACCUGCCAGCCGUGGGCUGCCCAGGCACCGCAUGUGCCCCAGAUCUCACCAGUGACCCACCCCGAGGCACACCUGGAGGAGAACUACUGCCGCAACCCUGAUAAUGACAGCCAUGGCCCCUGGUGCUACACCAUGGAUCCCCGCACCCCCUUUGACUACUGUGCCAUCAAGCCCUGCUCUGGCAGCAAGGUGCCCUCCAUCCUGGAGAAUGCAGACACGGUGGCGUUCGAGCAGUGCGGCCAGCGGGACGAGAGGGUGCAGCGAAAAGGGCGCAUCGUCGGCGGCCAGCCCGGCAACUCACCCUGGACCGUCAGCAUCCGCAACCGGGCCGGCGUACACUUCUGCGGGGGGUCCCUGGUGAAGGAGCAGUGGGUGAUCAGCACGCGCCAGUGCUUCUCCUCCUGUGAUGCCGACCUGGCGGGCUACAAGGUGCACUGCCUGCCACCCGAGCGCUACGUUGUGCCUGCGGGCACAGUCUGUGAGAUCGCCGGCUGGGGGGAAACCAGAGCAUCCUCCUGUCCACGCCAUUCCCCUGCCUGUGAUCUCCCCUGCCCGCAGUACCCCCUGUGA